UUUCAUGUUGCCUUGGGGACAGCGGAAGUGUCAAUAUGGCGCCGAUAAUAUUUGUAAACAUGAACUGAUGCAGGUUCUCGUUAUCUUCUAAGACACGUGUUUUUAACUAAGUGUUAGGAAUGCGGAUUAUUAUACGAUAUAUGGGUACAAAAUAUUGAUACAAAACGUUCCCAAACACUGACCUGCUGUAGUCGGAAAUAGUAAACACGAUGCCGACUGAUCUAAACAUGGCAGAAACGAGAGCAAUUCGGGUUGUACCGAGCGGAAAGGUUUACCGUCAGAUGUUUGAUGCCCAGGUGCAGCUGAACAAGAGUCUGACCAGUGUUCAGAGGAAGGAGCGCCUGCCGCAUCCCCCAGGAGAGGGCACAGGAAUCCCAACAGUGCACUUGAGUCGUGAUGAAACACAGCACGGUAUACUUGCAGAACGACAGAAAACAUGGGUGGAGAGCUUCCCAAAUGAUCCGCACAUGGAAAACCCCGUUCUUUACAAACAAUUCACAGAGUUUGUAAAUGCUCGCCGGAAGGAAACAGAUGGAAACUUGGCCAGUAAGGAAGUCCGAGGAUUACCGGAUGUUGUCGUGCCAGCAAAGGAGGAGUCCGACAUCAUUCAAAGGAUAUCUGCGAGCCGAAAGGAGAGGCAUGAAGCUGCUGUGGAGGACAUGCAUCAGGAGCUGAGUGUCAUCAGUGCUGAACUUGAGCCGCGUGUCCUUGAGCUGAGUGACAUGACCUUGAGAAGGCUGGAAGAUGAUGAUGGUGAAAUCGCCAAACUGUUAGCUACCAUUGAGAAGGAUGAGGAUUUGAAACUCUUCAGUCUGGAGGACCUGUUCCGGUUAUGGGAGGAUGUCCAACGCCACACCCCGGUCAGGCAGACCUGGAUCACAGAGCUUGACCACAAGCUGCAGAACAUAGAGGAUGACAGGAUGGACAUGAUUCAGAGUGUUUUCCAGUCAUAUUCCAAGAAUCUGGAGAAAAUAGCUCACCUAAUGUCCCCGGACCUCCAGAGGUUUAUGGACAAGGAAUCACAGAUGAUCAACCAGACCAUGCUGAGCAACAAGCGAGCAUAUGCUGAUCUGAAUGUCCGUCUCCUGUCCUCCGACAUAGAGCGAGAGAAGAUGCAACACUCAACAUGGCGGAGACGAGUUGAGGACUGGAAGAAACUCAACACUGAUCUUGCUGUGGCCAAAUUUAAGGAGUACAUGAACAGUGGUGCUGUGACCAACCCACCCGGAGUAGAGAAGGUGUUCGAGUUCAUGGUUGCAGAGCAGGCCAUCAUGAGCGCCAAGAGGCUGGAGCUCAUAGAGUCUAUCGGGGAGAUGCAGCCCCCGUCCUCCACCAAGACAGCUGUGUAUAAGUGGAACCAACAGCUGAAGAUAGUUACACAGGAAAUAGAUGCUGUGAACCAGAUGCACAUGAGCAAACUACAUGAGGAGUAUGAGAGUGUGUGCCAGACCUGCCUGGAACAUGUGGAAUCGGUGAAGAAAUCCCUGAUAGCAUCUGGUGUGUGCACUGAGGCCAAAGCACAGCAGGUGAUUGAGGCCAAAAUGUUGCCAUUGGUCGGAGACCGACAGAGAGUCCUGGAGUCCAACCUGGAAACUAUGGAGAAAGCCAUUGAGAAUCACAACAUCAAGAUAGAAGAGAAGACGAAGUCCCUUUUCAAGUUUACCCAGGGUGCAGCACACGUGUGGGAUGUCCACGAGAUCGGGCUGGCCAAGCAGGAGAGGGCGCUGCAGGAGAAGCUGGAGGCCUGCCGCCAUCAACACGACAAUCAUAACCAGGAGCGGGAAGCCAACUUGGACAUUGUCAUGGACAGGAUGCGUCAGGACGCCUCGGAGGACUCCCUCAGGGCCAGCUUGGCCAAGUCCCUGGAGAUGCUGGAGAGAAUCAGGCUGUCGUACGAGAUAUUCCACAACCAGCAGACAGACAUUGUCAAGUCCUACCCAGAACAGGUGACCACGGAACUGGGCAACUAUGACCAGGCGGUCCUCAAGUUCUAUGGUGUAGACAGGUCCCAUCCAAAGGACAAGGAUUCCACAUCCAGGGAGUCCAGUUUUCUGCAGCCUGAUGACAAGAAGGAAGACUCUGACCUGUCCACACCCAAGUCCAAGAAGAAAAAGAAGACUGCUGGCAAAGAUGACAUGGCAGAGGAGAAAGUGAAACCUUCAUCAAGUCAGCUGCCACUGGCUGUCAGUGAGGUAUUGUCGACAGAGCGGGGCACGACCUUCUAUGUGCUGACAGUUGCUGGGGAACAUGGGAUACCUCAGGACAGCCCAAGGUCAGUGCCGGGCACUCCCACCACGAAGUCUGUGCCGGCCACGCCCCCCAAGAGGUCGCUGACCCCGGCAUUCAUGACUGAAGAAGCAAUUGUUGAUGACAACAUGCCAGAGUAUAUCAAGAGCGUGGACAUUCCCUCCUCACUCCUCAUAGAAGUUAGAAAAAAGGUGAGGAUGAACUUUCUGAACCACCUGGAGGACUGGAUGACCCAGGCCGCUGAGCGAGCAAGCAGCGUCGUGGUGGCCAAGUGUGAGGAGUUGAACAGUGAGCUUGAUCUGCGCCUCCAUCUGCACCAGCCCCGAGCCCGGCGGGCUGAGUUCGACGUCCACAACGUCAGAGCAGCCGAGCUUGUGAUGCACUCGGAGCGUGUGGCCCGUCACUGUAAGGGCAUCCAGCAGGCUCUCUCCGAACUCCGGCAUCGCUUCAAUGGCAUGAGUCAUGAACACAACAAGCUGGCACAGAAGUUCCGAGAGGAUAUCGAAGCUCUGGAGAUCAUCUUUAUCAAUGCUACAAAAUCUUCAAGACUUGUGGCUCUACAGAACCAGCUGAGUGUAGAGCUGGACAAGUUCAUGUCGGUGAUCCGCACAUCACUCCGGCAGUUCCGCCAGCACCUUGACGAGACGCUCCAGAUGCUCCGCGAGUCUAACGCGAGGUUCAUCAAGUCCUUCAAGGUUUUCUCAGAUGGAGGCAACUUUUGUCCAGAUGAGAUCGAGGAAUAUCGGAAGAAACUGGAGAAGAUGUCCCAGAAGAUAGACACGUCGGAGGGUUCCAUCAUGUCCGACCUGGAAGGAAUGGAGUCGAAGAGACUGGAGCAGGCCACUAAAGUUGCCAUAGAGUUUGAGGACAGGUUCAAGAGUCACAUGUUUGACCUGCUCUUCAUGGAGAAGAUCGCCAGAUGGCUGACUAACACCCAGGUGAAGAUCAAGGCUGAGGUGGCCAACAGCAACUCCCAGGCUCAACGACUGAUGCAGCACCUCAAUGACCUUGACCGCAGGAUAGAUGCAUGUGAAAAACCCAACCUUGACAAGGAGCAAAUCACAUCCAGUCAGCUGAAUGACAGCCUUAAAGCCUUACUGGAGGCGUUCCAUGCACGCUGCGUGUACCUCAACUGUAUGAAGGAGGGGCUGGCCCGACCCCAGUCAGCCAGCCUGCAGGGUAAUCCAGCCACCGGCUUUGCCAGAAAAAAGCGUCGGAGUUAUAGUCUGUCAUUGCCUACAUCAGCUAGAAUAGUAUCAUUUGCUGCUCGGGUCGGCUUUUCGUACGAUGUGACUGCAGUCAGCAAACCCGGCAAACAGCCAUCGGAAGAUCCCUCUGUCGGAGUCAUCAAGAGCAUUCUCAAAAGCCAGAAGAGCAAGAUGCGUUUUGGAAUGGAUGCUGAGCUGGAUGGUGACACGAUGACGCCGUCCACGACGAUGCUGCCCACUUCCACCAGCAUCACCCAGGACUUGGCCAGAGAUAAGCAGAAGUCCUCCAUGUCCCAGAGCUCCAACAAGCUCAGCAACAUCGGGGAGAAGAAGGCGGGGAGUCGGCGUGGAACUCUCGGAUCAAUUGUCAUUGACCUAAAUGUUCCAGUCAAGAGAGUUCACUCAGCGUUGAGACGCAGCAGCAAAUCCAACAAGUUUGACAAGAAGUACCUGGUGUUCGGGGAGAAGGAGGAGGAGAUAGAGCUCACCAACAUCAUGGACAUCAUCAGACACACGCUGAGGGAGGCCCUCGAUGGGCUGCUCACUACAGCCGACCUGUACUACCGCCAGAAGGGGAACCGCGUGGUGACUCGGCCACAGGCCCUCCAGGAGACCUUCGAGCAGUGUGCCGACACCCUGGUACAGAAACUCCAGUCUUACUUCAAGCAGGCAGCGGAGUACCACAACCAGUGCCUCCAGGAGCUCCGUAGCCAGCUGGAGCAACUAGAGGAGAGUAUUUCCCACGUACCAGGACUGGUCAUCUCGGAUAUCGUGAAGGAGGAGAUACAGGUUGCCGAGGAUGCCCACACAGAAAGGGAGGGUCAGUUCCUAGACAAGCUGGACAGCAUCACCAAGAGACAGGUGGAGCACCAGAAACAGCUCCGACCAGCUUUAGGUCACCCCCACCAGGUGGCAGCUUUGCAGGCCCUGUGUGAGAAAGAGGCUGCUCGAAACGCCGACUAUCUCGCUGCUGUGCAGGAACAGACUGCAGAUCUUCAGGCAUGUGCUGUGGAACAUGGCCGACAGUUCCUGGAGCGCUUGGCUGGCAUGGGGGAGAGACAACUGCUGCAGUUUGAUAACCUGCUGGUCGUGGACGAUGUGGAGAAAGGAAAGGUAGAAGCUACGAGGCACCCAACAAAUGAGUUGAUCCGCCGCAAGAAUGCUGGACAAAGUUUGUUUGAUACGGAGGACAAGAAUGCCCUUCCCAGAGGAAAAGGAAUAUGGACAGGCCUUCCAAGCAAUGAACUUGUUGUGGGCCCUAAGCCAACUAAAGCCGAGAAGACAGCGUCAGUAACAACAGCCAAGACUACCCUUGGGCACAGCGCUACCAUCGCCGCCAGAGACCAGGCUUACAAGGAGUACAAAGCUAAGUUUGAGCACACAUUGGUGUUGAUCGAGGCUGAGAAGGCGCGACUACUGCGAGCAGAACAGCGAUGGGUUGACAGCUGGAACAUGUCCGUGGAGAAAGUCAAACAGCUUUACUAGAACACGGUCACAAGUCAAACAGUCGUAGUAGAACACGGUAACAAGUCAAACGCCUUCCUGAAUGCCAUGCUGUCAUUCCUGAGCGCCAUGGUCUAUAUUUCAUGAAUUCAUAUAUUUUGUAAUGAUUCCGUUCCUGUGUAUGAAGUGGUCAAAGCUUUAAUGAGGAACACAGAUUAUACUACUUGAACAUGUAUGUGUGUAUUAUUAAGGUGUCUUAUUUUAAGUUGAACUUUUCCUUUCCUUAAGGUUGAUCACAAAAUUGCAAUACACUGGAUUUGUCCCGUUUAAGGUUAUUGGAGGUUUUUGUGGAGUGCAAAAGCAUCUAAUAUAUUUGUUUGUAGUUAAAGUUUCUCUUUAUAUCUGAUAUGAAUGUGAUAUGUAACAUAUUCCUAAUAUAUAUAUAUGUACAUGUUGCUGGAGCUCAGUGAUAAUGAACUGCUAUUGUGGGUCCGUCCAUUCUUGUUUUAUUUUAUACAUACUGCUUUUUAGUGCACAAAUGUACAUUUUACUGAAAGCAAAUACGCUGUAAAUGUGUGUGACGAUGAGCUGUGAUAUCCAUAUUUGCCUUGUUGACAAUUUUCAUGAAUAAAGAGUGUCGAGGUUGGUCCAAACCAUUA